AUGUUUUUCAUUCUUAUAACAUACAUUCUUUAUCUUAUCCGAUUUUCCUUCGCUGAUCAAUGUCCAUCAUUUAAGUAUUGUACAUGUUCAUCAGAUAAAACAAUAAUAGAAUGUACAAAUCGUCAAUUAACUAAUGAACUAUUAUUAAAUCUUACUAAUCAAUUACCUAAAUCAACAAUUCUUUUAAAUCUUUCAUCAAAUUCUUUAACAUCAAUUAAAUCUUUAUCAAAUUUAAAUUCACUUCAAGUACUAGAUUUAUCAUUUAAUAAAAUUCAAUAUUUACCAUCAAAUAUCUUUUCUAUAUUUCCUCAAUUAAUUUCAUUAAAUCUUCAAAAUAAUUCAUUGAAAACAAUUCCAAAAAGUUUUACAAACAUUUCAAAUAUAAAUCUUAAUCUAGUAGAUAAUCGAUUUCAUUGUACAUGCCAAUUUAAAUUAUUUAAAAAAACUAAUUUUUCUAAAAGUAUUAUUUGUCAAAAUAAUAAAGAAUUUAAUGAAAAUGAUUUUUGUUAUAUAAAAAAUUUUCUUCAAAUUAGUCCUCAACAAUCACAAAUCGUCUAUGAAAAUGAACAAUUUAUAUUAAAUUGUUCAUCAGAUUUACAACGUUAUUGGACAUUAAACAAAAAAUUUUAUCCAUCGACUAUUACAAAACUGUCAUAUUCAACAAUAAUUAUUCAUCAUUUACAAACGAAUCAUUCAGGAUUAUGGACAUGUUAUAGUUUAAAUUUGAAUCAUUCAAUAUGGCUAACUGUGUUAAAAAGUUCAUCAAAUUCUUUUUGUCAAUCAAUACAAAUGAAUACAUCAAAAGGUUAUUUUUAUUGGCCACGGACAUUAAGUAAUAAAAAAAUUGCUAUAUAUUGUCCUUAUGGUUCAGCAGCAUGGUUAAGACAUUCAAAUGAAUAUGCUCGAGCAUGGUAUACUUGUUCAUCUAAAGGACAAUGGAUUAAUUUUGAUAUAACACAAUGUGCAUUUCAAACAAAUAUAUCACGAAUAUUUGAUGAUUUAUCAUUAAAUGAAACAAAUUUAUUAUCAAGUUUAGUUAAAUAUCUAUCAGAAAUAGAUCAAAAUUAUUUACAAUUAAAUGAUAUUAUUUUAUUAAUUGAUUUAAUUGAUGAACAAAAAGAUAAAUAUCAAAAUCAAGAUAAAAUUAUUUUAAUUUAUCAUUUAACAGAUUUUAUUUUACAAAUUAAAAUGGAUUUUAUUUUUUCAAAUGAAUAUCAAAUUGCAAUAAAAAAAUUAAGAUUAAUAAUCGAACAUUUAUUAGAUUUGACUAAUCAAUCUUGGUUAUAUAUAGGAAAAGAAUUAGCGGCUAUGACAGUACAAUCAUCAUUAUCAUCAACAUUAUGUUUUGUACCUAAUCGAUCAUUGCUAACAAUUAUUUGUGGCAUCGAUAAUCAAUUCCAUAAGUCUUCAUUAGUAACAAUUCAAUUUUUAUCUCAUUUGAAUGAAUCAAGUCAAUAUGCAUUAUUUCGUAUUAUUAUUUAUCGUCAAUCGACAUUAUUCACGUCGAAUGUGAUAGCAAAGAAUAAUAAUCCAGUUAUUCAUAUACGACCAGUGUUAAACAAUAAUUUAUCUACGAUUAAAUUAACAUUUUACGGUCAAUCAGAUCAAGCAUCAAUUGGGAUUUGACUUUAUCAAAUACCAAGAUGUUUUUUUCAUUGUUUAAUUAAUUAUUGGCUUAGUCUGUGUAUUUUAUUACUAUUAUUUGCAUUUGGAAUACAACGAAAUCAAUAUAGAUAUUUAUGUCAAUUUAUUGCUAUUAGCCUUCAUUAUCUUUGUUUAACAACUGUACUUUGGUUAACAUUAUUAACUUAUUCGAUUUGGAGAAAACUAUCUGUUAUAUCAACAAAUGAAGGUUGUCCUCGAAAACUUUCAAUAAUAAUUAAUGAUGAUUUAACAAAAUCAGAAUUGAAACCUAAACCUGUUAUUCAAUUCUAUUUUUUAGCUUAUGGAAUAGCAUUAAUCAUUUGUUGUAUUAAUGUUGCUAUAUCACAUGAGCAAUAUAUGGUAAACAAAAUAUGUUUCUUCAAUGAUUUUUAUUCGAUUCUAAUAUUAAUUAUAUCAAUGUUUAUAUGUAUUAUUUUUUCACUUUUUUUUCUUUUAUCUACUCGUAAUCAUAUAAAGCGUUUAAUAAACGAAACAAAAUAUUUAGAUGAAUUAUCCGAUGUAUCGGAAAUUAAGUCACAAAAUAUUUUAUUAUUAAAAUUAAAUGAAAUUUUACCAAUUUUAAUUCCAUUUAAUCAAAAUAAUGAACAAAUUUCAUUAAAUAUAAAUUAUCAAAAUGAAUCAAUAAAUCAAUUAUUCUCAUUAUUAUUUCAAUUAAUUCUUCUUAUAUUUCUAUUUCUAUCAUGUUUAACUAUUUAUCUACAACCACUAAAUUUAUUUAAACUACGCUUUGAACAUAUUAUUUAUAGUCAUUUAUAUGGUUUUUUUGUUUUAGUUCUUUCAUUUUAUAUAAUUUCAUUUUAUGUUUUAUUUCGUUCUGAUUUAAUAAGACAUUAUGGUCUUAGUAGAAAAAGAAUUGAUCAUUUAUCUAAACAAUCAUGUAGUGAACCAGCAUUAUCAUUCAUAAAUUCAAAACAAAAUUAUCAAUCUGAUAUUCCUUCAUUUACAGAACGAAUUUCUUUAUUUCCAUCAUCGUAUUUCUAUGAUGUUUCAAAUAUACAUAUUCCUGAAUUACUAGAUAAUACUGAAAGACCAUCAAUAAACGAUAAUCAUAUGGAUAAUUCAAAACUUCACACAAAGAUUACAUCGGAUUAUUGUGUUUGUCAUUGUCACAGACUGAAACCUUAUGAAAUAAGUUCAUCACAAAAUACUGUACAUGAUACAUUACCAUCAUCAUCAUUAUUAGAUAUAAUUGUGCAAGAAACUACUGAUACACACUCAUUGCAACAUAAUUCAUUCAAUGAACAAACAUUACAAAGAUCAAUUAGUGGUUUACUAGAAUUUCAUGCAAGACAAACUGAAAAUACUCAUUUGCACUCAUCUUCUAAUACGUUAUCACGAUUACGGACAUAUCCAGCUCAAGCAAUUAUUCGUCUUUUACCCAUUAUUCGCCUCUCUUCACGAAAUAUAAAGAAAAACCUUUCGAAGUCUACAAAUAUUAUUCAAUUAAAUGAUCAUAGAAAUCCAUCGAUCAAACUGAAAAAUAUUAGUAAGAAUACUCGAAAUUCGUAUUCUCUAAAGUCAUCAUCAUCCACUGAAAACGAUGAUUCUAUAUAUGUUUCUUUGAAUAAAACUGAUCGUUUAAUUCAACAAAAAUCAUCAUCAUAUGAAAAAUUAUCAAUUUGGAAAAAAUCUAUUAAUGGCCAUAAACAACUUGUAUACAUUGAUCAAGAUGAUGAACAUAGUGUUUCACUUAUAUCAUCUUAUUAUGAUUCAAAAACAUCAUCAAGUACUAUAUCAAACAAAAAAGAGUAUAAACAAACAUUGUCGUCUUCAUCAAAUAUUUCAGACCAUUCCGAUUAUGAUGCUAUUCAUACAAAUAAAAUAAAAUUGCGUGAAAGUAGUGUAUAA